AUGGCCAACAUCGAUCCCGUAAAUGAGCCAUAUGACGACAAUUUGUAUUUUGAUCCCUCGGUUUUGGAUAAAAAGGAAUAUGAAGAUUUCUCUCACUUCUUCCAAGUUGAUAUUGUGUUCGGCAGUAGGGAAGAAUUAAUCAACUGGGCGAAAGAAACUGCAGUUAGUCAUUGUCACCGUUUGAUUUGUCAGUCUAGAAGGGAGAAUGCACAGUACAUGACGUGUGACAAAUACGGACAUGGCCGACAAACGAAUAUCGAUGUGGAAGAUCCUAGAAACUCAGGAACAAAAAAAUGUGGUUGUCCGUUCAAAUUGAUUGGCAAAAGGUCAAGGUUUGAUGAAUUAUGGCGGUUGACUGUCAGCGAUGGCAGGCAUAGUCAUCGUCCGACUUUGUUUCCUCACGGACAAGGUACGACUAGUCGUAUAACUCCGCAACAGAAAGCAAGAAUUAAAGAAUUGCGAAAUUCUCACGUGAAGCCAAUGCUGAUCAUGGAUAGACUGAGAAAAGAUGAUCCGACGAUACAAACCUCUAUGAAGCAUGUUUACAAUGAGUUGGCCAAGAUUAAAUCUGAGGAAAUGGAGGGCAUGACUGUUAUUCAGUUUAUGAUGCAUAACUUUCAAAAAGGCGAGUAUCGAUAUUGGCAUCGCGUCGAUAGUGAAACGAGCAACACGAUUACAGAUAUUAUGUUUGCAUGUCCCGAAUCUAUUCAGUUAUUACGGUUGUUCCCGUAUGUUAUAUUGAUGGACUGCACAUACAAAACCAAUAAGUAUGGAAUGCCUCUUUUGGAAAUAAUUGGGAUAACUCCAGUUGGGAGGAAUUAUACAAUUGCUGUUGCAUUUAUGUCGCAUGAAGAUGCAGACACCUACGAGUGGACUUUGAAUUGUUUGAAAGAGUUGCUAGAUGGUGUCGAACCUGAUGCGAUCUUGACAGACAGAGAGUUGGGUCUUUUGAAAGCACUGCCAAAUGUCUUCCCAUUUUCGUAUCAUAUGUUGUGUAUAUUCCAUAUAAACAGAAAUGUUGAGGCAAAUGCGACGAAAUUUAUGGGAGGCAACAAGGACCAAGGUCUAAUAUUCCGACGUGUGCUGUGGGCUAAGCUGGUGAAAUCAGAAACCGAAGAAGAGUAUCAUUACAAUUACAAUGAAAUUGUUGGACGGUAUGCAGGGUAUCCUAGGCUGAUACAGUAUUUGAAUGAUACGUGGUUGAUAUACAAGGAGAAGUUUGUUCGUGCCUAUACUCGCAAUGUGUAUCAUUUUGGCAACACGAGCACCAACAGGGUGGAGAGCGCUCAUUCUUCAGCGAAGGGUUGGUUAAAUGCUUCGACCGGAGGUCUGGAUAACGUGCAAGGCAAACUUCGGGACCAAGUUUAUAUCCAAAUUAGUGAGCUGAAGUGCGAUUUUUCAUGCGAAGAAGGAUAUUCGGGUUACUGCAAGAACCUCUACGAAGAGACGAUGAAUCGUAUUCCCGAGAAUGCUGAUGGUUUGAAUGUCACAAGUUGGUGCAAUUUCGGUUUUUACAGUAUCGAUUUUAGAUGGGGGAAACCUGUGUGGAUAACAUAG